CGGACAAACUCAACUCGCACUCGGUUCAGUCGUGGACAUGUCGGUGACAGUGAAGGCCUACCUGCUGGGGAAGGACGAGCAGGUGAAGGAGAUCCGCAGGUUCGCGGUGGAUCACGAGGUUUCCUGCAGCUUCGAGUACCUGAGCAAGAAGGUGUCUGCAGUGUUCUCCAACCUCAGCUCCUCCACCUUCAAUCUGUUCUAUAAAGAUGAAGACGGCGACCUGGUGGCGUUUUCAUCCGAUGAUGAGCUUAUGAUGGGCCUGACCUUCGUCAAGGAUGCCACGUUCCGCCUCUACAUCAAAGAGAGGAAGGAGCACCGUCGGGACUUUCCUCUUCAUGCCUUCCCACCCUUUGCCUUCGGGACCCCUCCUCCUCUUGGCCCUCCUCCUCCUCCUCCUCCUCAUGGACCCCCUCACAUGGGGCUGCCCCCCGUCCUUCACCCAAACGUGACCUGUGAUGGCUGCGAAUCCUCCAUAGUAGGAACUCGCUUCAAGUGCUCUGUGUGUCCCGAUUAUGACCUGUGCUCCACCUGUCAGGCUCAGGGGAAGCACACAGAGCACGCCCUGCUGCCCAUCUGGCACCCUAUGCAGCACUGGUUUCCUCGGGGGAGGUGGAUGAAGAGGAUGAAACACUGCAUGUGGAACCAGCACCUGGCCCAGAGCCAGACCAAGGACCAGGCUCAGAACCAGAAUCAGAACCAGGAGCAGGAGCAAGCUGGGCCUUCCAGACCUGCAGCGGAAAACGGUGCCCCCUCUGCAGCGGCAUCUCAGGCCAGUGUGGAUUUCCUGAAGAACAUCGGGGAGGGCGUGGCUGCCAUGCUGAGUCCACUAGGUAUCGAUGUGGACAUUGACGUGGAGCAUGAAGGCCAGAGGACCAAGGUGACUCCACCCACUCAGAAUGGAGCUGGAGAGGGUGAUGUAGAGAUGGAUGGAGAGGGCGGAGCCAGCAGCGAGGGCGGAACCAACAUGGAAACCAGCACCAGCCAAGGGUCAAAGGUGAGCAGAGACUCUGAUGAAGAGUGGACUCAUCUGAGCUCCAAAGAGGUGGAUCCGUCUACAGGUGAGCUGCAGUCGCUGCAGCCAGAAGGGCAGGGGACCCCAUCGCCAGGGCCCUCUCUGCAGGGGCCCACAGGCCUGCGGGAGGCGGCUCUUUAUCCACACCUGCCUCAAGAAGCUGACCCACGUCUGGUGGAGUCUCUGUCCGCGAUGCUGUCAAUGGGGUUCAGUGAUGAAGGAGGGUGGCUGACCCACCUCCUCCAAGCCAAAAACUGCGACAUUGGAGCUGCCCUGGACGCCAUUCAGUACGCCAAGCAGCCCCGCCCUCGCCAGUGACAUCAUCUCAGCCACAGUUUUCUUUUAACCUGAGAUCGAAUAACAUUUAUCGAAUAACAUUUAAUCAACGGCUUUACUCUGAGGUCUCUUUAACAUCUUUAUUUGUUCCUGUUUCUAAUCUUUCCUCAUCUCCAAUUUCUGAUCAAAUGAUCAAUAAAGACUUGCAAAGAUAA